UUCAAAGCAAACAACCCAAAGUCAACCACUACCCACUAUAACCCGAAGACUGUUUCUAAAUCCGAGAGACCUGAAACAGAGGACUCUAAUCACAGAAACAAAAAUGAAGUCGGAGACUUUGACGUUAGUGCUAGUGAAUCUGGCCGGAAUCAUGGAAAGGGCCGACGAGUCUCUCUUGCCAGGAGUCUAUAGAGAAGUUGGGGCGGCCCUCCACACCGACCCCACUGGUUUGGGUUCCUUGACACUUUUUCGAUCCAUAGUCCAGUCCCUUUGCUAUCCUCUCGCUGCUUAUCUAGCUGUUCGUCACAACCGAGCACACGUCAUUGCUCUCGGCGCUUUUCUCUGGGCGGCCGCUACUUUCCUUGUCGGAGUUUCCUCCACUUUCUUCCAGGUGGCAGUUUCAAGAGGACUUAAUGGGAUUGGACUUGCCAUUGUAAUACCAGCUAUUCAAUCUCUUGUUGCGGACUCAACUGACGAUAGCAAUCGUGGGGUUGCCUUUGGAUGGCUGCAACUAACUGGAAAUCUCGGUGCCAUCAUCGGUGGCCUUUGCUCUGUCUUAAUAGCCUCAACAUCUUUCAUGGGAAUUCCUGGUUGGAGAAUAGCUUUUCAUCUGGUUGCACUCAUUAGCGUGAUAGUCGGUAUAUUGGUACGUUUGUAUGCAAAUGAUCCAAGAUUCUCUAAGACGGAUGGUAGAGCUAAGGAUCAUCGCAGCUCCAAAAAAUCAUUCGUUUUGGAGAUGAAAGAACUAAUCAAAGAAACAAAAUCAGUCAUUAGAAUUCCAUCAUUUCAGAUUAUGGUGGCGCAGGGGGUUUCUGGAUCAUUUCCCUGGUCAGCUAUGUCGUUUGCUCCAAUGUGGUUGGAACUCAUUGGAUUUUCCCACAAGAAAACAGCUUUUCUUUGGACUGUUUUUAUUGUUGCUUGUUCACUAGGAGGCCUUUUCGGAGGUAAAAUGGGAGAUGUCCUGGCGAAGCGUUUUCCUAAUUCUGGGAGGAUAGUUCUUUCGCAGAUAAGUUCGGGCUCGGCCAUCCCUUUAGCGGCAAUUUUGCUACUAGCGUUGCCUGAUGAUCCAUCCACAGCGUUCAUCCAUGGACUAGUUUUGUUCAUCAUGGGAUGUUCGAUAUCCUGGAAUGGCCCAGCUACUAACUGUCCAAUAUUUGCAGAGAUAGUACCUGAGAAAUCUAGGACAAGCAUCUAUGCUUUGGAUUGUUCUUUUGAAAGCAUACUGGCCUCGUUUGCUCCCCCAAUCGUGGGAAUCUUGGCUCAGCAUGUUUAUGGUUAUAAACCAAUCCCAAAAGGGUCAUCAGAUGCGGUAGAGCUUGAAACAGACAGAGAGAAUGCUGCAUCACUAGCCAAGGCACUCUACACGGCCAUUGGCAUUCCAAUGGUGAUUUGUUGCUUCAUUUACACAUUCCUUUAUUGCACAUACCCGAGAGACCGCGAUCGAGCAAGAAUGGAUGCUUUGGUAGAGUCUGAAAUGCAACAACACCUAAAGGAAGAGGCAGAUAGUUCUUUUUCAAGAGAAGAAGCAAAUGAAAUUCAUGUUACAGAAGAGCUGAAUGUAAGGGAAUGUAAUGAAAUUGACAUGGAAUAUGGGAAAGAAAAUGACACUGAUGAACUAAAUGAUAAUGAUGAUGAGCAGUAUUUGCUUUCUCGUCAAUUACCACUUUCAAGUACUGCAGAAGAAAGAAAAUAAAAUAUAAUUUGAAUUUUUCAUUUAAAUA